GACCCCAGUGCAUAAUGUCUUAAACGUUAUAAGGUUUGCAAUAUGUAUUUGUUAUUCUAGCUGUUCAGUCGUUUCCUGUAAAGACGGAUGUUUUAUUUUGAAAAGGAAAGAACUCUUCACAUGUGAUGUCGAAAGGUAAUGAAAGGCGUAGCAAACAGCAGUGUAAGCUAAAGGAUUGACAGGAGAGGCAAACAAAGUAAGGAGAAAUCGGGAGAGUAAACAAGGAGUUUAGCUUCAGCUGAGAGAUGGCAACAAGCUCUUACGUUGGUCUGUAUGUAAUAUAAGCUGACGAAUAAAGGACAGAGACCAUCAGUUCAGGCUUACGUUUUCUUCAGCUGGAAGCUACAGUAAGAGCUUGACCACCCGACGCACGCCACUUGACGGAGUGAAAAGAUCUCAAGGUGCACGACUAUGAUGGCCAGUAGGUGGCAGCAAGUGGUCUGAAAACAAAGGCGAUAAAGGAAAAAAGAGGCUACACGGAAAAUGGACAACACACAAGCUUCAUCUGUGAGUCCUGAGGACAUUAAUGAACAGAUUGUUUGUUUACAAAGGGAAAUUCAAGAUCACAAAGACCUGCUUCAAAAUGCAACUGAAAAAACAAGGCAAGAAAUAAAAGAAACAAUUGACUCUAAAGAGAAAAUGCUGGCAGAUCUACAGUCUCAAGUCCAAAGCACUACAGAUGAACCUCGCCGCUCUGAACGCACCAGAAUACCAACAGAAAAAAUGCUUGCUUAUCAAACAGAAGAAGUAAGUAAAAAACAAAAAAGACUCAUCACCUUAUAUGAACAGUGGAAAAUACAAGUACGUGAAGCAAGAGAAAAACUAAAAUCAGACACAACUGAAGAACACCUGUCAUCACUUGCAGACAUUUUAGAAAAGGGAAAGGAUGACAUAAUGAAACUCUACACUGACAUAAGAGGUCAUGUAGCUCCAACAGUCAAUUUGAGACAAAAAAUUGAUGCAUGCGAAGCUGUAACUAGUGACAUCAUCAAAAUCAUAUAUAAGAGACUAACUGGUGUUGAUGGAGAUUUUGAUGCUGAAUAUGAAAGAUGUCGUUUACGCGAGCUGCUAGAUCGUGACUAUGCGCUCUCCAUUUAUGGUUCCACUGCAGCACAAUCCAGUAACACACAUCACUCCUCAGCUUCAUAUAUCGCAUCAAAACGGGCUGAUGCAGCAGCAGAACUGGCAGCAAAAGAAGCUGAAUACAACAUCGCGCUAGAGGAAAGAAAGCAAAGAGAAAAGAUAAAGGCUUUAGAAGAGCAACACAAGAGAGAACUUGAAAUCCAAAAAUCCGAAUUGGAGCGUCUGCAAGCUGAAAGGGAAGUGGAAGCAGCUCGAGCGAGAUUGGAAGCUUAUGACAGAGAAAUACUGCAAAUUAGUGAUGUCCAGUCAGUCAAAGGUGAGCAGAGGAGCCCAGAUUCUGUCCCUCAGCCUUCUGCAUCACACUCACCUAACAUAUCCACGUCAUCUGCAUCUCCUGCAGUUGCUCAACUAGCACAAGCCGUCCAGGACAGUAUAACACUGAGCAGACUUCCCAUGCCAGAACCAACAGUAUUCAGUGGCGAGCCAAUCCAUUUUAUUGAAUGGAAAACCUCCUUUAUGUCACUGAUAGACCAAAAGGGUAUUUCUACUGCUGAUAAACUUUAUUACUUGAAAAAAUAUGUCACUGGCCCCGCUCGCAAGUGCCUGGAAGGCACCUUCUUUAGAAAUGAUGAAGAAGCUUACCAAGAUGCCUGGAAAAAACUUAAUCAACGAUAUGGUCAGGCAUUUGUUAUUCAAAGAGCAUUUAGAGAGAAGCUAUCCAACUGGCCAAAGUUACAAUCCAAAGAUCCUGAGGGAUUAAGGAACUUUGCCGACUUUGUAAAUGCCUGCCUGCUAGCCAUGCCUCAUGUAAAAGGUUUGGAAAUACUGAACGACUGUGAGGAAAAUCAAAAACUGACACAAAAACUUCCUGACUGGGCAGCUGCCAGAUGGAACCGCCAUGUUACAAAGGCCUUAAUGGAAGGCAAAGAGUUUCCCAGUCUCAGUGACUUUGCUGCAUUUCUGUUGCUGGAAGCAGAAAUUGCCUGCAACCCAGUCACGUCCAUCUCUGCUCUCCAUUCAUCCGAGUCACGCAGUGAUAGAGGGAACCUGAAGGACACAAAAAGAAACAAGGCAAGUGUCUUUAACACCAAAACUCACAUCCACUCCACAAGUGUCCACACUUUAUGAAACGGUCACUAGCAGAGAAAAGGACACAUGUGAAGGACAAUAAGCUGUGUUAUGGCUGUUUGAAGCAAGGCCACAGUGCAAGGGACUGUCGACGCCGCCUCACAUGUGACACUUGUUUGAAAAGGCACCCUACCUGCCUUCAUGAUAACGGUUACAUCAAAGACACAAAGGGAGAAAGGCACGUGAGUGUAGAAAAUGCAUCACAAAGCAAUAUAUCAGAGAUAACCACUGCUGUGUCACUCAAUGUUGCUAGAGAUGGACAGACUGCCAGUACUUCAAUGAUUGUGCCAGUGUGGGUGUCAUCUAAUGCAAACCCAUAUAACGAAAAACUUGUCUAUGCCUUAUUAGACACUCAAAGCGACACUGCUUUCAUUGAUCAAGAACUGUGUCAUGAGCUUCAAGUGGGUGCAAGUCCAGUGAAACUGAAACUAACCACUAUGA